UGGAGGCGCUCCCCACAAUCCUUUGCGGUGCUUCAAGGUGGCGGCACCCAGUGGCGCCAUGAGCGAUCUGGAGAGCAGCAGCAGCAGCAGCGAUGAAGAGGAGCUGGAACGGUGCCGCGAGGCAGCGAUGCCGGCUUGGGGCUUGGAGCAGCGCCCGAAGGGUCCAGAGAAGCCAGGAGUCGGUGCUACAAAUGCUAAGUUGCCAGCCAACCAGCCAAGCCUCAGGCACAAGGUAGAUGAGCACGAACAAGAUGGCAACGAGCUUCAGACCACCCCCGAAUUCCGAGCCCACGUAGCCAAGAAACUGGGAGCCCUGCUGGACAGCUCCAUUACCAUUUCAGAAAUCGUGAAGGAGCCAAGAAAGGCCGAGGUGCAACAAGGCGCCCUGGAGGAUGACGGCUUCCGCCUUUUCUUCACGUCCAUCCCCGGAGGCCCCGAGAAGGAAGCUGCUCCCCAGCCCCGCCGGAAACGGUUGCCUUCCAGCUCCAGCAGCGAUGAUGGCGACGAGGCGUUACGGCGCUGCCGGGAGGCGGCUGUGUCCGCUUCUGACAUUCUCCAGGAGUCCGCCAUCCACGGCCAUGUCCCCGUGGAGAAAAAGAAGAAACGGAAGUUGAAAAAGAAAGCCAAGAAGGAGGACAGUACUGACGUGGCCACUACCGCCACCAGCAAGGCCGCAGUCGGGAGGCAGGAAAAGGAGUCUGCCCAGCUCAACGGAGACCAGGCGCCCCCUGGGACCAAAAAGAAGAAACGGAAGAAAAAGACAAAGAAGCCUAGUGAGGCCUCCCCGUCCCCGCCAACAAAGAGCGCUGCUGCUGUGCCCUCGAACUGAGCCCAGCGUGCGGGCCGGGAGCCCACCAGCUCAGGCUUCCCACAGGGACUAGCCUGUCUGAGCCCUGAGUCCCUCUCCAAUGCAAGAACUUGGCUGGCGAGUCCAGGCUCUGCCCGUGACUGGGGCCAGCCCAGGCGUAGGGGCCGAGAAGCGGUCAUAGGGUGAGCAGGGCCUGCCCUCCUGUGCUCCCCCUGGGCUGUGGCAGACCUGUGGUACCAGAACAUUCUGUGACCCCAGGAAGAAGGAGACUCCCAGUCACUCAAGGCUGAAGGCCAAGUAGUCGAGCUCCCGCCGCCUCGGCCUGGUGCAGGAGACGACCUGAAGGAGGCAGGGUGGGGUGGACCCCCGAGGCCCCAGAGCCCCUUGUGUGUCUCCCUCCACACAGACUUCGUAAAACACUGUCUAGAAAAGACAGAGAUCUACUCUGCACCCACACCCGGUUUUCCAGAAUUUUGUCUCCAUAAUGUGAAUAUGCCGUGUGUGAUCGUGUCUCUGAGCCAGCCAGAUUAUGGAAAUGUCGAGGGAACGGAAAUGUAACAGAGAUCUGGGUGCUGCCCCUGAUCCCAGGUCAGUGCUGAACUUGAUGAGCAUCAUGCAGGUGGGGUCCCCCUGCCUGCACCCCGGGAAGUGUCCCCACCCCAGCUUCAAGGCGCAGGAAGUGGCACAGCACUCGCCUGGGGCUCCUGGACCCACGUGUCCUGCAGAAAGGAGCAGAAGUUCACGGUGAAGGAGGCGUUCCGGCUCGGUGGCCUGGCCGCGGAGAUUCGGUGGAGCCAGGAAGACAGAGGUGGGAUGUGAGAGUGUGUGUGCCGGCCUCGCCCCUCCUCAGGCCCCGAGCCCCCGUCCACCUGCCCACCCCACCUACGCGACAAGCAAGAUACUGGACACGGUCCGUGUUUACUUUACUAAAAGUUAAAUAAAUGUACAGGCUCACUCUCA